AUGCACCCUGAAGACCUAGCCCACACCUCCUUCAUCAUGGAUCGUGGUCUAUACUACUAUAAGGUGAUGCCCUUCAGGCUCAAGAAUGCUGGGGCUACUUAUCAGCGCCUGGUGAACAGCCUCUUCGCCCCACUGAUUGGCAACACCAUGGAGGUUUAUCUUGAUGACAUGCUAGUCAAGAGUUGCACUGCUGACCAGCAUAUCCCUAACCUCUCUGCCAUGUUCACCAUCUUGAAGGAGUAUAGAAUGAGGCUCAACCCUACCAAGUGUGCCUUCGGGGUGGCUUCAAGCAAAUUCCUUGGCUUCAUGAUCAGCUAG